AUGACUGGUACUGUUGGGGGUUCUGGAAAUCAGACUUUGAACAGGGAUGUGACUUGCUUCAAAUGUGGAAAAUCGGAGCACUAUGCUAAUGUUUGCAUAGACCCGAGGCCCAAGUGCUUCAACUGCAACAGGGUGGGACACACUACCAGUCAGUGUAAGAUACCCAAGACUGAACCGUCUGUUAACACUGCUCGAGGAAAGCGCCCUGCUGCUAAAGCAAGAGUUUACCCCAUGGAUGGUGAGGAAGCUGAAGGAUUUGAUGCGGCUGGUGACUGGUCAACAGAGGUUGUUGUGACACCGGCGGAGGCGGCUGUGGCGCCUACAGUAGUGAACUUGGCGGCGGCUGCGGUGGCCGCGUCCGCGGUAGCGGAAUUGGGAGCUGGGACGGUGGUGGACUCGGUGGCCGUGGCGACAGUGGCUUUAGCAACUUUUUUGCCUUUGGUGCAGCGGCAGUAG